AUGUCAGAAAAAUCAACCCUGCAAAAUCAUAUAAUAUCACACGGCAGCACACCAACAACUCCACACAACAGUAAUCGAAAAAAAAACACAUCAGGAAAUUUACUCAAUGAUAAUUCUUUGAGUCCAAAAACGAGAAAAAUCAUUCAGUCAAGUCAACAUGGUGAAGAUAAUACAUUACAACCAAAACAAGGUGAUCAACAAAGAAGUUUUUUGGAGGAGCACAAUUAUUCAUGUCAAAGACCAGACAAUUAUUCAUGUUUUGAUACUGAAGAACAAACAUCGCCAAAUAAGUCAAUUUUAGACAAAUAUUUGAAUGCCAUAUCAACCAUUGCUGAUACAACAAUAGAAACCGUUUUUGCUACAACCUUACCAACAUCGUAUUCAUUUGCCUUAUGUCCGGUAGACCUGUUAAAAUUGAAGAAUAUUCGUGAUCGAAAUUUACAUAAACAAACGUUGAAAAAAUUUGUUAAGAUGGGUCUUCCAAUUCAAGAAUCAUCCAAUACAAUGUACAAAAUAUUCAAAGCAAAACAACGGCAGCAACAGCAACGAGCAAGUGGUGAAGAAAGUGAUGGAAAACGAAAAGUAGAUAUUGAAUAUUUAGAUAUUUUAUUACCGCACAUCAAGAAAUAUAAUUCAUGCUGUGGAUUGUGUGUCGAGCAACGAUAUUUUGGGAAACAAAGAAAAUUACCAUCCGGUUAUCUCUUACGAUGUAACCUUCUAUGUCAUGGUAGUCCAUAUUGUAAAUUUCGAUGUUUUAUCAUUGUGCACAAUAACGGUACACGCUACAUCAUUUCAAGACAAAAUGUUGUUAAUCAUUAUAUUAAUCAGAAAAUUGCUCGUCCAAUACGUGGUGCAAAACGAGAAGAAUUAAAAGAAAAAUUCAAAGCCGGCGGCUCUGUAUAUCGAACUCAUGUUGAUUAUGCUCAAACGCGAACAACAUUCGAAAAAUUAUCAUUCAGUUAUGACAAAUGCGGUACUUCAAAGAAAACGUUUCAAAAAAUAAAAUCAGAAGCGGUCAGUGAAUUAAUCCUAUACCCAAAAGUCGACACUGCUCUACAAUUGUUAGAAAAACGAUUCAAGAAAGAAAUCAAUCCAGAUGGAGAUGUUCAAGAUUCAGAUUUAAGAAUGUGUGUUACAAAAGAUGGUCCAACAUUAACAGGUGAUCUAUUUGAUGUUUCUGAUGAUGAAACCGACAACAACGACGAUGAUACAAAUAAUGAACCAGUUCUGCAUGUGACUAGACAACAUAGCCAAAAUAAUAAAAGUACUCGACGUGUUAAAACAAUGAUCGAUGAAGAAGUUGAACUGAAUACCGCGAAUUCUGAAUUUAAAACAGCAUUACAAAUAUUUAUUAUGAAUGUUUACAUGAAAAAGGAUAUCCCAAGGAUUCAAGAAAGAGAACUAAAGAAAUAA